AUGAUAAUUCCGAUUAUUGAACCGGCAAAGUCAGCCCAACCUGGACGUGGAUCAAAUGGUACGUCUCGAAUAGCGUCCAUAAGGGUCCCGACGGAGGUCAACAAAUUCAAAAGAAAGUACGCAAUGGCAAAGAGAACCAUACGGAAGGCAGCAGUUCGAGCGACGUUAUUACAGAUUUUACCCGAACCUUCCAGCGCUAAAGGCUCAUCUCCAACUGGCACGAUAGCGUCAGACUGUAGUGCAAGCGUUGUAGUGUUUUUGGAAGCGUUCGAUUGUACUUUGAAUCGGUCCAACUGGCGAAUUACCUCAUACGCCGCGCCGGCGGAGAAAUAUGUGCUUGCAGGAGUUAAUAGCAAACUUGCACCAUUGGAUCCCAUCAGACGAACCCAAGUUGGAUUGGCUAUAUCACUGGCGAUGUGGAAAAAAAAAAGAUCGUAUAGUAGUGAAUAA